AUGAAUAUCUCUUCUAGUCAAUACAAACAACACUCUUCUCUGCUAUCUGAACUGAAAGAUAUGCAGAACCUCUCAGAGAGUUUACUCAAAGUAGUAAGAAAAGCAGCUGAGACUGCUGAACCAGAAUCAAAGCUUCAUACAUGUAUGAGAAUUCUAAACAAGAUUGAGGCCUUGCGUACACAGUGGCAGGCCAAGAUGAAAAUCAAACAACAAUUGACAUUCACUGCAGAUCAAGCAUUCACUAUGAAGAGCUUCACUGACGCAAUCAUCACUAUUAAUAAGAAUAGAGAAAACCAGAUCUUAGGCCUGCAGCAGGAGAUUGAAUGUUUAUGCAGACAGAUGACUAUGCUGAAUCUGAAGAUCUCAUCAUAA